CUUAAAUCUCGUCGUCCAUCUUGCAGAAACAAUCUACUGCAGUCGCUGGAGGUUGAUGUCACCGGCAGAGAGUCUUCAGGACGGGACACGAGCUGGUCAGGCGAGGAACGGCCGAGAAGAGAAGAGAAGAGAAGAAGUGGGCGAUGUUGCAGCUGGGAUCUCGUUUAUGGACGUUGUGGAAAGGCUGUUGAUACGGUUCAGGGGGGCUUCUCUUGGUAUUUUCAAGCUGAGAGGUUGAGAUAGCUGAGUAGCCGCAGUAUUUUUAGCUCACUUCUGAAAAGGAAUACAAAAAUGUCGUCUCCAAGUCCAGGAAAGAGGCGAAUGGAUACCGACGUGGUGAAACUCAUUGAGAGCAAGCAUGAAGUCACCAUCCUUAGUGGACUCAACGAGUUUGUGGUCAAGUUUCAUGGACCACCUGGAACGCCGUAUGAAGGAGGAGUGUGGAAGGUUCGGGUGGACCUGCCUGAUAAAUACCCCUUCAAAUCACCUUCAAUAGGAUUCAUGAAUAAAAUCUUUCAUCCCAACAUUGAUGAAGCGUCAGGAACUGUGUGUUUAGAUGUCAUUAACCAGACAUGGACAGCUCUCUAUGACCUCACCAACAUCUUUGAGUCGUUCCUCCCUCAGCUGCUCGCCUACCCCAACCCCAUCGAUCCUCUGAACGGGGAUGCGGCCGCCAUGUAUUUGCACCGGCCAGAAGAUUAUAAACACAAAAUCAAAGAGUACAUCCAGAAGUAUGCCACAGAGGAGGCUCUAAAGGAGCAGGAGGAAGGAGGAGGCGACUCAUCAUCCGAGAGCUCCAUGUCAGACUUUUCGGAAGACGAGGCUCAGGAUAUGGAAUUGUAGUGAAGGUGGAGCCGCCUUCACCUCACAACAGACUGUCGUUUCCUAAAGAGCAGAAACUCAGUACUAUAUUCAUAUUUAAACAAGACAAUUUUUUUACAGCAACACAAGGAUUUUUAUCGCUACAUGAGGAUUUGCAGUAUGAUAUUGCAGAAUAUUCACUCUUACUUAGGAAUUCAUUACCACCUGCCCUUCCUCCUCUUCUUCUUCAUCCCGUGGGCCAGUUCAGAUCAGAUUGAUUUUGUUGAUAUUUUGUGGCUUGGGCCGAGGUUAUCUCAUUGCUUGACAGUCUAAACUGAGCUGUGAGGCCGGCAGAGGAGGAGAGUCAUCAGCACAAACCUAGACUGACUGUGCCGCAGGCCUCACCUCGCCACCUUUUGUUCUAACAUGCUCGAGUUUUGUUUUGUUUUUUUUUUUCUUUUUUUUCCUUUUCUUUAUUGAGCAUUUCACUGCAUCAUCAGGCAUCUUUUCCUCCCUGACAGAAGACUGCAGGAUGACAAUCCACGACUCAGAGCGGUCUCUGCUUCUAAGGAGAGAGGAAUCCUGUUUUUCUUUGUUUUUAAAAUUACCUGUGCUCCUUUCAUCUUUUUGACACUGCCACGAUGAACAGUUGCCAUUAAAAUCAUCACUUCGAAGGAGCAGAAGGCCACAGCGUGCAGUCAUGUGUGCAGACUGGUGCCCUCUGUGCAACCUGCAGACACAUCACACAGUAUCAAGCAAGCAACACAUCAACCAUGACAAGCCACACAAACACCACAGCAUGUGCGUGUGUCUAGGUGUGUGUGUGUGUGUGUGUGUGUGUGAGAUUGUGUACAUGCAUGAAUGUAAUUCAUUGAUAAUCUGUGUUGUAUUGGCCCCCGAUGCUCAGCAGAAACCAGAAGAGGAGGUCCAUAAUUCUGACACCUCUCUUCUUCAGCACCCAUGUCCUCCUCCUCUUCCUCUCCGUUUUAGGAAAGCGUUUGUCAUUCUCUGAGUAUCUUUGUAUAUUGUGGCAUGACACAGUUAAAGUUUGUGUAGGGCUUUGUGGAGCUGUAUCGCUGUAGACAUGAAAAGGACGCCUCUGCGAGUCAAGCCAGGUUCAGUGCGGAUUAUCCAGUUUUUGAUGAAUCGUUGAACUUCUUAACUUUGCCUAUUGCUUGUGUUGAACUAUAAUAGGUGUUUGACUUGCGUAGGGAUAGUUAGUUUUUUCGCGGGUGGUGAAUCCUAUCAUAAUGUAUGGUUUAAUACUUAUACACUAGUUUAAAAGACUUCUUGUCCUAAAAAGAUGAGGAGAAUUACACGUCUUUGGAGACACGUUGCAGCCCUGCUCCUCUACACACCCCUUCUUAGGUAAACAUCACAGUCAAAAAUUAUUUCUGCUGUCUGACAGAAGCCCUCUUUGUUUCACAUUUACUUUUUCUUUUUCUUUUUUUUUUUUAAUGCUGUUGGUGGCCUGUUUUCCAAAAAUGGUGGGACCAAAAUCUAGUGGCUCUACAGGCUUUAGUGUCAUGCAUCUCAAAAAGGGGACCAGCUCAGACUGGGUUAUGGAUAAAGAGUGAGAUUGAAUAGAUAGAAAUUCCUCAAACUCUCGAGUGGUUAUCUCAGAUUAGUUUAAACUUCAAUUCAGGCACAAAGUCGUUCUUCUUCUUGCUCAGAGAACACUUUGCGUGUUUUUCCUGCUUUAUUAAAAGUUUUAUGUGCCUGCUGGCAUUAGUGUGGAGGAGGUGUUACCAGAGCUGUGAUGGCACCCUGAUCUGAAGUCUGAUACAUGUUUGUAACAUGUUCUCAUUGCAUUACAGAUCAGUAUCCUUUUUUUUUUUUUCUUGAAAGAAACAGAACUGUAUCAGCAUCAAAAGGAGCCGUUUCCUCUUGUUUGAAUUAAAAAAAAAUUCAAUUAUUAAUCCCCCUUAUCAAAAAUGAUAUUGUGUCUUGCAGGGUGUUACCUCAGUUUAGGCCAUUAAAACCUGCAUGUCAGACUUAUUCUUGACAUGGUGUUUAAAAAUGUAAAAAUGGCUCUAAUUAGACUCAAUAACCAAAUGUAUGUUGGUGUCAGUCAUAAGAUGGCAUGCUGUCACAAUUUUCAUUUGCAACAGAAAACAAACUAUAUGUUGUUUGUCAGCCUCUGGAUUCCUCAUUGUGUUAUGUAUUUUAUUUACUGAAACACAUAUAUUUGAUGCCUAUAAUUCAUUUGAAUGUGUUUUUCUUUCUCUCUCUUUUUUUUUUUUUUUUUAAUUUCCUAAACCCUGUUUUGAGGAUACAGUUCAAGAUAUCCCUAAAUUUUAAAAGGCAAAAAAAGAAUAUAUGUGCUUCCCUUGUAACUUGAAGAAAGAAAUAAACAAACAAAAUUUA